AUGGCCGACCACGACGCCCGCGAGCGCCUCAAAGCCGCCCUCUGGUUCGCCGUCGGCCGCAUCGUCGACGAGGAAUGCCUCCGGCGCAACCGCAACGCCACCCCGCAGUUCAUAGGGGCCCUGACCGAGAUGGUCUGGACGCAGAUCGAGAACGUGGCCGUCGACCUGGAGAGCUUUGCCAACCACGCGGGCAGGGCGAACGUGACGACUGAGGAUGUGGUGCUGCUGGCGAGGCGGAACCCGGACCUGCAGCGCAUCGUGGGGGCGUUUGUGGAGGAGCGCAAGGCGGUUAAGCGGCGCGGGUAG